AUGGAUUUAGAGCGACUCGGUAAGCGAAGGAUUAUCGUGAGAUUUCGCAUACUUGUCAGCACUGAUGUUUGGGCGCGUGGAAUUGAUGUUCGCUCCGUUGGCCUUGUUAUCAACUAUGAUCUCCCACUCACCCCUGCUGCUUACUUACAUCGGAUUGGAAGAUCAGGUCGAUUCGGCCGCCGUGGUGUGGCUAUCAGUCUCUUGGCUGGCUCCAAGGACAAAAGGCAGCUCACUGAAAUCGCCAAGUAA